UGUCUGUGUGAGAGUGUGUCGGUGGCUCCCCCUGCUGGCCACACACAGGAGCGCUUCAGGCGCAGGAGGAUUGCGCAAUGAUGUCCGCACGCCCACGAGUGUCCAGAGCAGGAGAGGUUCAGAGACUCGGACUUCGACCGGAGGAUAAACCAUCAUGGAGUCCAAGCUGAACAUGAAGCUCUUCUACAUGAUCCUGCCACUGCUCGCCGUCCCAGAAUGCUUCGGGCUUCCGUCAGUGUUCCUCAGUAAGUCCGAGGCCAGCCGGGCGCUACGGCAGCGUGUCCGACGGGCGAACUCGUUCCUGGAGGAGCUGAAGCUAGGAGAUCUGGAGCGGGAGUGUCUGGAGGAGGUGUGCUCGCAUGAGGAGGCCCGAGAGAUCUUCAGCGUCCCAGAACAACUGGAGGAUUUCUGGAGGAGAUACACAGAGGUGGACUUCUGUCAGUCGGCACCGUGUCAGAACGGGGCCACAUGUGUGGAUCAGAAGAACACAUACGUCUGCAUCUGCCCGGUAAACUUCGAGGGGCGACACUGUAACAAAGUCCGUUCCACAGAAAUACUCCCAGCGAGUUCCUACGGGUGUUUGUACAGGAACGGCGGCUGCGAUCACUUCUGUGUGGAGGUCACCGACUCGACCCAUCGCUGCGACUGCGCUCCUGGAUACACACUGCACACGGACAACAGCAGCUGCGUGCCACAGGAUGGUUUCCCAUGUGGCCGUCUGGUGGAGAAGGGUGUGGGUCCCAGGAUCGUGAAGGGGGACGUGUGCCCGAAAGGACAGUGUCCGUGGCAGGCUUCACUAAAGCUUUCUGGGAUGUUUAAAUGCGGUGGAGUUAUUCUCGAUACCCAGUGGAUUCUCACGGCGGCUCAUUGUGUCUGGAAUAAGGACCCAACCAUCCUAGAAGUGACCGUUGGCGAACACAUCCUUGAUAAAGACGAGGGAACCGAACAGACGAGGAAAGUGUCCAAAGUGUUGGUGCACCCGUGGUAUAACCACUCCAACGCUGACAGUGACAUCGCUCUGCUACGUCUCGCCAGCCCCGUCACGCUCGACCGCUACGCCGUGCCGAUCUGCCUUCCUCCCGCUAACGGCACGUUCGUCCGCACGCUAGCGUCGGUGAGCUUGUCGACGGUGAGCGGUUGGGGUCGCCUGACCCAGUCCGGCCCGGUGUCGGUGGUUCUGCAGCGGCUCCAGGUGCCCCGGGUCUCGCUGGACGAGUGUCGGGCUCGGUCCGGCCUGAAGGUGAGCAGGAAUAUGCUGUGCGCCGGGUUCCUCGAGGGCGGCCGGGACUCGUGUCAGGGCGACAGCGGCGGCCCGCUAGUCACACGCUACCGCAACACGUGGUUUCUGACCGGGAUCGUGAGCUGGGGGAAAGGCUGCGCCAGCGCCGGCGUGUACGGCAUCUACACGCGCGUGUCCAUCUUCGUGGAGUGGAUUGUGAACACUGUGGCCAGCGGAUGAAUGUACAAGAGUUUCUGAAUGUUAUUCUUCCCUCGCACUUCUUUCUUAUUUUUUUUUUAUUUACCUUUAAAUUACUUGAUUUGAUCAUUAAAUAAUAAAUAAAUAGUAAUUUGAGCACAUUCAACUUAAAUUCAAAGUAACUCACAAUUUCAUGCAUAACCCUUUUAAUUCAACUCAAAAUUUCUUACAUUGCGUGUCUUUGCCAACCUCUUGUGAACAAUAAAUAAAUAAAUAAAACCUGACAUAAUACAAGAGUUUCUGAAUGUUAUUUAAGGGGAAGUGUGUCUUGAGGUUUCAAGUCGAGUCUCCUUCAUUUAUACAGCGCUUUAACAAUAUCGCAGCAGCUUCGUAAGUAAGGAUUUUCUAGAGAUUGUUUGGCUUUACUUUAUGCCGUACUCCGAGUUAAAUUGGUCAUUUUGGACAGACUUCCUGAAGAGUUACACUGGUCGAGACUUACAAUGAUUAGCACCAUAAAGGAAACAUUGGUACCAGAUAAUUGAGUUACUAUUGCAGUUUUAAAAAAUGACACACUUCCCCUUUAAGAACACAUGCAAGUGAGAAUAUAUACAGUAACAAACACGGGCAGAACAUGUUUGAAAUUUGUAUUAUGUAUCAAAAAU